CACACCCUGCCCUCCCCCAGGUCCUCCCCCCGCAGAGCCCCAGUUCCCCGCUCUGUGACCGUCGGGAGCCAAGCUGGCGGCAGAGCAGCCAUGGCAGAGGAACAGAGCGAGCUGGAGGAGAGGAUCAUCAUCAAGGACCAGCACACCAAGGAGAUCGACCUGGUGAACAGAGACCCAAAGCGUAUAAACGAGGAUGUUGUAAAGGUGGAUUUUGAGGACGUGAUAGCUGAGCCUGUGGGAACAUACAGCUUUGACGGUGUCUGGAAAACCAGCUACACCACCUUCACCGUCAGCAAGUACUGGUGCUACCGGCUGCUCUCUGCCAUCCUGGGCAUCCCCCUGGCAGUCAUCUGGGGCUUCCUCUUCGCCCUCAUCUCCUUCUGCCACAUCUGGGCAGUGGUGCCCUGCAUCAAGAGCUACCUGAUAGAGAUCCAGUGUGUCAGCCGAAUCUACUCCCUCUGCAUCCACACCUUCUGCGACCCGCUCUUUGAGGCACUCUCCAAGAUCUGCAGCAACAUCAGAGUCGCUCUCCGGAAGGAGAUCUAGGUCCCUACAGCCGCCCCAACCCGCCCUCGCACGACCGCCCCUCUGCGCAGGUUUCCCUGGCUCCUGCAGCGUGCCCUGCCCGCGGGCACACGCACACCCGUGCCCAGGGACCUGCGCAGCGCAGCAGGGCCCCGCGGCAGAGCUGGCUGUCAGGGAUGCUCCCUGCAGACAGAGGCACACCGGGCUGCCCCUUACUCCAUCCCAAAGCCAGCAGCUUUAAGAGAAGAGAAGCCCAUGGAGGCUGGGCGAGCAGCCCAGGGAGAGCCCUCUGCCCUCCAGGACCCCCAGCAUCACACCCUGCUCCUGCGGGAGGGACCGCAGCAUCUCCUGGACCACAGCCCUGGGCCACGACCUGCAGCAGCAGAGUGAGAAGUGACGGUGCAGAGAUGCUGCUGGACAACCGACCAAACCCCGCCUGCGUCUCCAUCCCUCGGGUCUAGCGUGACACUAAGACAAAUACUUGCAUAUGAAUUAUUAUUAUUUGCUGCAAAUAAUUGUUGUUGUGGAAGCUUCUGUAUUAAAAUACGCCACACAAAAGUUUUAUGGAUAGAAUAGUGAAAGCAAACUUUUCUUUUUUCAUGUGUGUUUGCAUUUCAGCAAAGCUUUGAAAACCAGAUCAAUUAGUGCAUGAAACACUGUGUUUGCCUCCUGGGAGUAUGUGCUGGGCCUGGGCCACCGGCAAUUGCAAAACCACUCGUGGCAGCCUGACACUCACUACUUAAUUACGGGGCAUCGUCACGCUUUGUGGUCAGGAUUCAACGGCAGUAGAGCACAGGUGGGCAGCUGCCCUGCGCAUCGCCCGGGAGCGCCGGGGCUGCAGAGGGGGCAGCCGGGCGGCACCACGGGGAGCAACGAGAACAAACGGCUUUUGAUAACUUCACUCGAGAAUUGACAAUCUUGGCUUUACGUAAAGCUUUGGCUUGUUUCUCAGGGAGGAUACUUACUACGUGCUUGCUUGUUUGAUGCUGGGCAAGCUCUAACCUACAGCAGCGUGCUUACCUUACACUGCAAGGGCUGUGCCGCUGCUCCGUGCCCGGCACUGCUUUAGCUGCCGUCCCGGCGCCAGGGUCGCAGGACCGUGCGAACCCCUCAGGCUCUGCCCCAAGGGAGGAGACCCAUGUCCAACGGCCUGCCUCGCGCCCUUCCCUCCGGCCAGUCCCCCUCCCAUAGCACCCGCGGGGCUCGCCCAGAUGUGUGGAGGGGAGUGGAGGAAGGAGCCUCCUUCCAGGAUGCUGCCCACUCCAAGCCGCUCCAGUGAAAACACGAGGAUGAGGAAAAAAGUCCAAUUUGGAGCUAUUUCCUCCCUUGUAUUGUCAAUUAAUCUGUUUAGUCCAUCUUCCAUGAAGCCGUACCUUAACUUGGAGGCACGUAACCGCUUGAUGGGCUCUGGCCUUAAGUGCUUUGCUGAAUCAGGGCCCAGGAGGUCUUGCUGUUCAGAGGUUAUUCUCAAUUGUAUUCAUGUGCUUUUUUCCUUUGGCUUCCGACAAAGACUUGGAGCCAACCUCUCUUCUAGUGCCAUGCCAAGAACAAGAAAGAGCCAGAUUUUCUACUGGUGCUCUUCCAAUGGCUUGGGAUUGUGGACUUCCAGUAUUCCACAGCAGUAGAGCACCCAUGCUCUAGCAUCACCUGGCCUCAAGAUGGAUGGAGUGGUACAAAAAGAAAGAUAUUUAGAUAUUGGUAGGGGAAAAAAGUCUCCAAAAACACUCUAUUAUGAGCAUUUUUUAAAGCUUUUUGUGGGAAUAAAAGUAAUUAAAAACCA